AUGAAAGCUAUCCUCAUCCUCGCCCUCUUGGCCAUCACUGCCACUGCUUCCUUGAGAGACAACAAGUGCUUCAUGGAUGCUGCCGGUUCUACCGUCUUCACCAUUGCCAACACCAUCAAGGAAAUGACCACCAUUGAAAGCUUAGACUAAUACGAAGACAUCAUGACCCAAGUUGCUAACUUAAAGGCUGCUUACCUCCACUGCAACAUCUAAGGUCAAGCCAACAAGGGUUUCUCCUCCCUCGAUAACAUCCUCUAAAACUUAGGUGAAGGUAACCUCUUACUCUCUCAAUGCACUCAAGACCUCGGUGGUCUCUUCUUGAUCGCUGACACCAUCGUUGAAGACCCCAAGGACCUCACCAACGAUAUCUUCGCCACCAUCUUCUCCCUCCUUAUGGGUAAGUAAGCUUAUGGUGACUGCGGUCAAUUCAUCGCUUUCCUCAGAUCCCUCUGA